AUGCACGUCUUUCUCAUUGUCGUGUGUUUCGUCUUCAUCGGCGAAACAUACGCUUUUGUUCUGCCGUCUCUGUUCAGCCUAUUCAGAUGGCAUAGGCAGAAGGCUGCAGCGAGAGCAAAAAAGCUGAAAAAUGCGACAACGGAAAUUCUAAUUGAAAAGUUACGAAAGGACAUUGAGGAUCUGAAACGUCAGAGUGAGUUUGGAUACGAUAGAACUUUGCCCGCAUCAUGUACAGACCUCGUGAUUUUUAGUUGCAUGUCGUCUUGCUCUCAGGGAAACAGAAUAUUUCAAAGCUCGCUUAUCUAUCGUAUCUCCACUGUGGUCUCAUUGGAACAACGCAAUGUCUCUUCUAGCGUUCUGCAUCAGUUUUCGUUUGAGAAAUUGACUGUAUGUCUUGAAAAAUUGGACAAAUAA